CGCGGCCGGGGCCAGGGUCGGGCCGGGCUGAGGCGGAGGGAGGCGGCGGCAGAGCGGGCGAGGCGGCGCAGGCCCGGGCCCGGAGAUGAGGCCAGGAUGUCGGUGUCAGGGCUCAAGGCCGAGCUGAAGUUCCUCGAGUCCAUCUUCGACAAGGACCACGAGCGCUUCCGCAUCGUCUCCUGGAAGCUGGACGAGCUCCACUGCCAGUUCGUGCUCCUGCCGCCGCCGCCGGGCUCCAGCCCGCAGCCGCCGCCGCCGCUCACCAUCCACUGCAACAUCACGGAGUCUUACCCCUCUUCAUCACCAAUAUGGUUUGUAGAAUCAGAUGACCCAAACCUAACUUCAGUCUUAGAGCGUUUAGAAGAUAUUAAGAAAAGCAAUACUCUGCUUCUUCAGCAGCUGAAGCGGUUAAUAUGUGACCUCUGCAGGUUGUAUAAUCUUCCACAGCAUCCAGAUGUUGAAAUGUUAGAUCAGCCAUUACCAGCUGGACAGAAUGGAACAACAGAAGAAGUUACAUCAGAGGAGGAGGAGGAGGAAGAUAUGGGUGAAGACAUUGAAGAUCUGGAUCAUUAUGAUAUGAAGGAGGAGGAACCAGUUGAUGGGAAGAAAUCUGAGGAUGAAGGCAUUGAAAAAGAGAACCUUGCAAUCUUAGAAAAAAUCAGAAAAAAUCAAAGACAAGAUCACUUAAAUGGUGCAGUCUCUGGGUCAGUUCAGGCUUCAGAUCGACUUAUGAAAGAACUCAGGGAUAUAUAUAGAUCACAGAGUUACAAAACAGGGAUUUAUUCAGUGGAACUGGUAAAUGACAGCUUGUAUGAAUGGCAUGUUAAGCUUCUAAAGGUUGAUCCUGAUAGCCCACUGCAUAGUGAUCUUCAGGUCUUAAAAGAAAAAGAAGGUGUAGAAUACAUUUUACUCAACUUCUCUUUUAAGGAUAAUUUCCCUUUUGAUCCUCCCUUUGUGCGAGUGGUGUCUCCUGUGCUCACGGGAGGGUAUGUCCUAGGUGGAGGUGCAUUAUGCAUGGAACUUCUUACUAAACAGGGCUGGAGCAGUGCCUAUUCAAUAGAAUCAGUCAUCAUGCAGAUCAAUGCCACUUUAGUCAAAGGAAAAGCCAGAGUACAGUUUGGAGCCAAUAAGAACCAAUAUAAUUUAGCAAGAGCACAGCAGUCCUAUAAGUCACUAGUACAAAUACACGAGAAAAAUGGCUGGUACACUCCUCCCAAGGAAGAUGGCUAACACUGAGGACUGUUGCACACCCGGACCAAUGUCAACACCAGAAGCUCUUUUUUAUGUUUUCCAACCCAGAGACUCGAGCUCCAAGCGCCCCUGUAACAGCCUGCUGGAGACUUUAGCUAUUAGAUAGGUUAGUGGAUAAUCUGUCAACUGACAUGUCAAGUAUAAGUUACAGCCUUACCAUUCCACUCUUCUUAGGUAUGGGACUGAGCAGUUUGGGCCUUUCCCCUCUUUCUUCUUCUGGAUUAAGCAGAUUUGGGCCAUGCCCUCCCUUCUCCCUGUUUUUCUUUGGUUUGGUUUUUUGUUUUUUUUUUUAUUUGCCUGCAUAAGCUCCCUCCUGCAGGCUCCUGAGUUACUAAAGGUCAUUGGGUAGGAGUGAGCUGCUCACACACCUCUGUGUAUUUUUUUUUUUACCUUUUGCAAACUGCAGAGACUUGUGUUUUACUGUUUCAGUUAAAGCCAAGAAGUUUAAUACCUUGUUUAAUACUGUUCUAGGAAAUGUCAGGUCUUGCAAAUCACAGUAGUUUUUCUGGUCUCCAAUGACAGCAUUUGUAGUAUUUCCAAAUUAAUGAUAUAGGAAAAACAAAUGUAUGCUAAGUCAUUAAACAUUUUUCAUGGCUGUAUGAGAAUAUGAAUUGUUUCUUGGAAAAGAUGCUCUUUGUUUAGAUUGUUAGCUUUUUCUUCUGGCUGUUUUCCUGUUGGUUGUUGGUUUUUUUAGGUUUGUUUUUCUUGUUGCUUUGAUUCUGUUUGGUUGUUUGUUUUUUUUUUUUUAAGCAGAGCAGGGCUGUGCCAAUAAAACCUUGUAAGUAGUCACUUCCACUGGGGCGUCAGAACUUGCUGGGCUGUUCCUGCUUGUUGGCUCCACCUCCUUAACGCCAAGAGCCGCAGUAUGAAGCUUGAAGUUAUUUAAAGUACUAAAAAAAAAAAAAA